GGAGGUGGAAACUGAUGAAGAUCCUGUUACAGCACAUGAACAUGUUCCACAGAAUGACAAGGACCAUGUUGCAGCGUAUCUUGCACAGCCUAGCACAGAGAACCGUCUGGAGGUGGAAACUGAUGGAUCACUUGAAGAGGAUCCAGUUACAGCACAUGAACAUGUUCCACAGAAUGACAAGGACCUUGUUGCAGCAUAUCUUGCACAGCCUAGCACAGAGAACCGUCUGGAGGUGGAAACUGAUGAAGAUCCUGUUACAGCACAUGAACAUGUUCCACAGAAUGACAAGGACCAUGUUGCAUCAUAUCUUGCACAGCCUAGCACAGAGAACCGUCUGGAGGUGGAAACUGAUGGAUCACUUGAAGAGGAUCCCGUUACAGCACAUGAACAUGUUCCACAGAAUGACAAGGACCUUGUUGCAGCAUAUCUUGCACAGCCUAGCACAGAAUGACAAGGACCUUGUUGCAGCAUAUCUUGCACAGCCUAGCACAGGUAUUUGUUACUAUACUUAG